CAUCUAGUUCGGCAGGUGUAGAUGACGAGCUGUUCGUGAGAUCAUUUGAUGAUGUUCCUGAAGUUACACUGAAGAAAAUUCGUAGUUAUAUUAUUGCUGGUGCUACAAACUAUGAUGGAUUUCUUCAUCAAGUAAAACUAUUAGAACCUUCACUCACAGAGUCAGUCAAGGACCUUCGAUCACAAGUUGUUAGGGAAGCGUGUAUUACGACAUCGUUUUUAUCAAAAACAAUAGGACGACAAUUUGAUCAUGUCGCUGAGUUGGUUCUUCCAAGUUUAUUUAGUUUAAUUCCAAAUAGUGCUAAAGUUAUGUCAACUUCAGGAAUUGUGUGUUUGACUUUUAUUUUCAGGUACACUCAUUCUGCGCGGUUACUUCCAAAUGUUACUAGUCAAAUGUCAUCAAAGGCAGCUCCAAUGAGAAGACAAACAAUCAAUUUUAUUCAUACUAUUUUAUCAACUUGGGAAACCCAUUCACUAGAAAAACAUGUAGUACUUUUAGAAGGCUCAGUUCGUAGAGGGAUAGAAGACGCAGACUCUGAAGUUAGGCCGUGGGGCAGAAAGGCAUUCUGGGCAUUUGCUGAACAUUUUAAACAACGAGCGGAAAAGUUACUAAACUCAUUAGAUGUCUCUAAACAAAAAAUGCUUCAUGGAGAGCUGGGCCAAUCAUCAAGUACAGGCGCAUUAAAUAUCCAACCCAAAUCUUCAUUGUCAAGAGGAUCCAGUCACAGUGGCUCUCAUGAAAAUAUUGGAAUGUCACAUACAGCUGGAAGAAAGUCAAUAGCACCGAAAACAGAAACAGAUGGUGGAUUUCGGUUGGGUCAGAGGUCAAAUAGUGAUAUCAAUGUGUCAGCUGCAAGCCGCUCAAAAUCAAGGUAUCUAUCUGCCAGUAGUUCCACCAUGUCAAAAUCACCACAAAGAAUGAAGAAAUCAACAUCUAAAGAAAACCUACCAUUGACAACGUCUCCAAGUACAGUACAUAAGGCUACGGUGGAAGGCUCAAGGCUGCCAACGCCGCGAAAAGGACGGGUCGGUGUUUCACAAUCACAACCUGGCAGCCGAUCGGGUAGUCGGUCAGCGUCUCCCACAAGGUAUCUAUACACAUCUUCAUAUGGUAGGGUAGAAACUGAUAGUAAAAAGACACCAAGGAAAAGUCGGAUUCCUAGAAGUCAAGGUUGUAGUCGAGAGACAAGUCCCAAUAGAUUAGGAUAUGGACUUCGUGAUCGGCAUGUAAGCGGUAGCUCUGUAGGAGCACAGAGGGUUGCCCGGCAACCGUUAGAACAACCUGUACUUGGUACUGAUAAAGAUACUGAAUUAGCUCUAGCUGAAGCACUAAGGCAACAAACGUCACAGAAACGGUGGGAAUCCUAUAGUUCAGCGUAUUCUGAUGACGAAAGUGACGCUUCUAGUGUUUGUUCUAUUGGAUCAUAUGGAUCUGGACACUCAAGAUUAGAGGAUGUUCCUGAUAUACUUAACAAAAUGGGGAGUGCUGCAUGGUCUGAGAGAAAAGAGGGAUUAAUGGGAUUACAACAUGUCCUUAGAACCUCUAGAAUGCUCAGUCGCCAAGAACUCAAGAGAUGUACUGAAAUUUUCACACGAAUGUUUGUUGAUCCCCAUGGCAAGGUUUUUAGUUUGUUUUUAGAGACAUUGUCUGACUUUGUAGCAAUACAUAAAAUGGACCUCAGUGAUUGGUUGUAUGUUUUAUUAACGAGAUUGCUACAUAAAAUGGGAAUGGACUUAUUAGGAUCUAUUCAUGCAAAAGUAGAAAAGGCAUUAGAUAUGGUCAGGGAGUCGUUUCCCUAUGAUUUGCAGUUUAAUAUUUUAACAAGAUUUAUAGUGGACCAAACACAGACACCCAAUGUCAAGGUGAAAGUAGCAUUAUUAAAAUAUCUUCAGUAUCUAAUUGAGUUGAUGGAUCCGUCAGAUUUUGUGAAUUCCAGUGAAACCAGAUUAGCUGUUAGUAAAAUUAUUAGUUGGACAAAUGAGGCAAAGUCAACGGAAGUUAGAAAGGCUUCUCAGACUGUAUAUAGUUUAUUUGAACUGAACACUCCAGAGUUUAGUAUGAUGUUAUCAGUGUUGCCCAAGACAUUCCAGGAUGGCGCCACAAAACUUUUACAUAAUCACCUUAGGAACACUAGUAAUGAAAAUGAGAAUGUUCCACCCAGGCCUCGCAACACACCCAGUCGAUCAUCUGCAUACCAGCACCGAACAAGGGCACACCCAAGAGGGGACGCACUCUCACCACGUACCACGUAUCCUGAUUUUGACUCUGACAUACAUAACAUGAACUCUGAGGAAAUCUACAACUCACUACGCAAAACCACAGCAGAGAUCCAAAACUUCAGUCUGCGCAGCAGUCGAGACGACCUACUGGAUGAUUUCGUGAAAGACCCCGAUAAAAUUGAAAGUGAUGAGGUAUCUGCCGAUAGUGGUAUUACAAGUUCUAUUCCCGAUGUUAGAGUAGACAGUCCUGAUGUUGUAGGCGACUAUUCUACGCCACACAGGGAGGUGUUAUCAGAACAUAGAUCUCCACAAUCAAGUACAAAGUCCAACAUGACACAGAACUAUAAUCCCUCCAAUUACACUGACAAUGCUGUUAAUAAUAGUUUUAAUCGUUCAGCGCUAGCUGAAGCUACUUUUGAUGAUAAUAUAGAUGGAGCUUUUAACCGAGAUGAAUCUGAUAUAUUAGCUGAUAUUAUCCGGGAAUUAUCUAAUCACAAUGAAAGGGGCGAGGAGAGAAAAUCAGCACUGCAUCAGUUGAUGAAGAUUGCCAGGGAAGACAUGUCUGCGCUGUGGGACACUCAUUUUAAAGCUGUGCUAUUGGUUUUGACGGAGACGCUUAACGACAUUGACCCUACAGUACGAGCAAUGUCUUUAAGGACACUUAGAGAAAUUCUAAAAAAUCAGCCUGAUAGAUUUACGGUGUAUGCCGAGUUGACCAUUCUCAAAAUACUUGAAGCACAUAAAGAUCCACAAAAAGAUGUUAUACGAGCCGCAGAGGAGACAAUGGUAACGUUGGCUAAUUCCAUCCCACCUUCAACAUGUGUACGUGUGUUGUGUCCACUGAUCCAGACAGCUGAUUAUCCUGUCAAUCUAGCGGCUAUCAAGAUGUUGACAAAGGUUGUGGAAUUAAUUUCUAAAUCAGAUUUUGAUGAGAUGCAACAUGAAAUAAUAUCUGGGCUUCUUAAGGGUUAUGAGCAUCCAGAAAGCAGUGUACGCAAAGCGAGUGUCUUUUGUCUAGUAGCCAUUCAUAAUCUUAUUGGUGAUAACCUAAAAGACCAUUUAACUGAUCUUUCUGGCAGCAAGAUGAAACUUCUGAACUUAUAUAUUAAGAGAUCGCAAUCUGACAAACCAGCGUCCACGCCUGAUGAGAAUGGUGGUGUUUGAAGAGAUCUUUUGCAAAUCCCCCUUAGUAUAAAUUGUUGCCUUUGACAUUUUGAAGUUCUAACAGUAAAUUUAAAAUUUAUCGGCAGAGAAUGUGAUGACUUGUGUUGAAAUCUUGUCAUCAGUUUCUGAUAUCUGACUGUGUUGAUUUGACAUUGUGUUACAGCGUCAAAAUUGAUUUGCCUUUUUGAGAAAAAUCACUUUUAAACAGCCUAGGAUUUCACUGUGUCAAAGGUUACUAUUUUUUAUUCAUUGAUGGUGCUUUUUCAUUAUUCAAACCUUUGAGAAAAUUAUUUUAUGAAUAUCCUGAAAUCUGUAACAUAUCAGCAUGAAUUAUGAUUGAAAAACAGAACUACGAAUCCCGAUGAAUCAUGGGAGAUUUUAGUAGCUGAUUGGAUGGAUGUUCUGCUGCCGAGGGAGUCUUGUUAAAUUGUCAAUGCCUAUGUGGUCUUGUUUUGUCAACUAUAACUAGACUAGGGAGUCUUGUUAAAUCAUCAAUGCCUUGGGGUCCUUGUUUAAUCAACAAUGCUGUUCAUACACCUUGUAAUUUUUGUGCUACCACUACUGUAUAUAAUAAACAGCAACUCACGAGAACUAGUGGUAACCAAAUUGGUUUAUUAAAUUCUGGAAACAAUUUAAGGUUGUAAAAUUGAUAAGCUGCAAUUAUUUGAGUUUCUUAAGUGGAACGUUUUGUAAAAUUCCUGACAGUCUUGAUAUUUAAGCCUGAAGUUUUUGUUGUGCAUUUGUAUCCGUGGCAACUGGUUGCUAACAUCAGUGCAGGAUUAAAGGUCAAAGUAUAACGUUAUAUCUAAUGUUGGAGGCAUCCUUGUUCUUUUUCAGUGACUGGCUUUGUUGUGACUUGGCUGAUGUGAAUACAAGUCAACGUCAAAUAAACUGAAAAAAAAACUUGUACAUACAUAUGCAGUCUUGGUAAUACAAUAUUUUAUGUAGGUCUAUUAGCAUUUUUUUUAUAUCGGUUUACACCCCACCCCAAUUUUUUGCCAAACUGUUGCCAAUAGAUUUCUAAGCAAUAUACACAUGAAUUGGGUCAAGUUGUCAAAUGUUUCAUUGUGUAUAUAUAACAUUUCAUGAACAAUCCAGUAUCCGUGUAUUCACAGAGUAGCUUAAUUUAAAGGCUGCUUGGAAUAAGAAAUAUAAUAUUUGGUAAUUAUUGUCCUAAGUAACAAUUUAACCUGAGGUAGGAAAAGCCAUUGCUUAUUAUUUUGGAUAGUUACUUGGGACAACGAUUACCAACUAUUUAUUAUAUUUCAUUUAAAGGUGCUUGUUGUGCAGUAGAAAAAAUUGUAUAUUGUGCUUUUUGCUCUCAGACAAUGACAAAUAAAAGCAAAGAUGAGGCUGUUUGGAGAUAACAUACAACAAACAAACAAGCAUAGCAAUGCAGAAUAACUGAAGCAAUUAUAGCUGGUACCUGAAACACAUUUUCUAUUUAUUUUUAAACUAACCAGCACCCCCCACCUUGAAGUGGUUUAGUCCACUGAAUCAAAUAUUAGAGCCACACCAUAGACAGUUGUCGCCAUCACUCCAGUAAGUUCUUUGUAAUAUUUUGUAGACAAUCGCAUGCAAUAAUGAUUUGUGUUAAUGUCCCUAAAAUUGUUUUGUUAUGUUAUAAAUGUAUGUAUUAUUUUGAUGUAUUUGCUGUCCUUACUAUCUUCUUUCUUUCAAUUCCAUGAAAUGACUUGCUUGUUAUCUCCAAUAUCUGUUCAAAGUGUUACAAAUGAAAAUAUCCUGUGGCAUCUCUGCUGUCUUUUAACAUUUUAGUGAGGGUUAUUUUAAGGUACAUAACUGCCAUAUAUAACGUAAGUAGACAAGUGUAUGUUUAUUUUGGACAUUUUAGUUUUAUUUAUCGAAU